CAAGAAAAUCAAGAAAUCAGAUUAUCAGAAAUGUCAAUAAAUGUGUGUUUGGUUGUUCUUGAUUUGGUCGUGAGAUUCUGUAGUUAUUAUCGAGAUCUUGUCGUUGUAAAAUAUUAGUUCGCAUAUUGUGAAGGUGUAUCAAAGUUCAAGGUUUUUGUGAAGUCUUAUCGAGUUGUACCAAUAAUGCUAAUACCCCCUGGACUGUGUUAAGGAGUAUGUACGAUAGUACAUGCGGCGCCGCCGCCAGCGGACAGUGCGGCAAAGCACAGCCUGAUGGCGACGGACCGCCGCCUCGGGAGCCGCCGCCGGCACCUCUAGAGAGAGACUACAGUGGCUUCGACAUAGUCAAGGCCACACAGUACGGUGCGUUCGGACGCGUCAAAGAACUCGUCGAAGCAGGAUGGGAUGUCAACCAGCCAGACCACGAGACUGUGACGCUGCUGCACUGGGCCGCAAUCAAUAACAGGCGUGAGAUCAUCCAGUACUUGCUGUCGAAGGGUGCAGCGGUAGAUGCCGUGGGUGGAGAGCUGCAGUCGACUCCGCUGCACUGGGCGACACGGCAGGGCCACCUGGAGGCGACGGUGCUGCUGGUGCGCGCCGGCGCGGACCCCACGCUGCGCGACGCGGAGGGCUGCGCCUGCCUGCACCUGGCGGCGCAGUUCGGCCACACGGCGGUGGUGGCGUACCUGGUGGCGCGCGGCGUGGCGCCGGACGCGCCGGACGCGGCCGGCAUGACGCCGCUGAUGUGGGCGUGCUGGAAGGUGUCGGCCGUGGACCCGGCGCGCCUUCUGCUCACGUUGGGCGCCUCGCCGCGCCCGGCGGAUCGCUCGCACGGGAAUACGGCUCUACAUUGGGCCAUCCUUGCUAGAAACACGACUGCCAUAUCCACCCUCAUCCUAUAUGGAGAUGCCAGUCUAGACGUGCCCAACUUGCGAGGAGUGACUCCUUUGGCGAUGCUGCAGGCCAAUGCCGACUCCCUGUGGGUGGGUUCCAAAGUAUCUGACAAAAUAAAAGAACACUCUCUGGCUGCAAACAAACAUAAUCUACUUAGAAGAUUAACAUAUGAUAAGAAGUUCCGGUGGUGGUGCGUGGUGGUGAUGCCCUUCGUGGCCUUCUACCUCACCGGGCUGGUGCUGGAGAUGGACGCGCUGUACCUGGUGAAAGCCUUCAUGCUCAUCUGCUUCUACGGCGCGCUGCACUUCGUCAGCAACUUGCUCUUCGAUGACGACCUUAAAAACAUAUUCCCGCUCAGCGUUUAUCUUGCGACCAAGGUGUGGUUCUACAUCACGUGGGCGGUGUUCAUCGCGGGCGUGGUGGGCGCCGGCGCCACGCUGCUGUUCGCGCUGAGCUCGUGCGCGCUGUGGUACUCGUUCCUGCGCUCGUGGCGCUCCGACCCCGGCGUCAUCCGCGCGUCGCGCGCCGACAAGCUGCGCACCAUCAUCGAGCUGUCCGAGUCGGCGCGCGGCGGGUUCGAGCCGGCGCGCUUCUGCUCCGCCUGCCUCGUGCGCCGCCCGCUGCGCUCCAAGCACUGCUCCGUCUGCAACCGCUGCGUCGCCAAGUUCGACCACCACUGUCCCUGGGUGGGCAACUGCAUCGGAGCCAACAACCACCGCUACUUCAUCGGGUUCCUGGUCAGCCUGCUGGUCAUGUGCGCCUGGAUGAUCUGGGGCGCGGCGCAGUACUUCAGCGCCGAGUGCCCCGCGGCCGACCCCACGGCGCCGGGCGUGGUGAUGCAGUGGGCGCGGUGCAACCCGUGGCUGGCCUGGGUGUUGCUGAACGCGUGCUUCCACCUGUUCUGGGUGACCGUGCUGACGGGCUGCCAGCUGUACCUGGUGGUGUGCCUGGGCAUGACCACCAACGAGCAGCUCAACCGCGGCCGCUACCGGCACUUCGUGGCGCGCGGCGGGCGCUCGCCCUUCACGCGCGGCCCGCUGCACAACUGCGCCGAGCUGUUCGGCUGCGGCUGCGGGCCGCUGGGCGCGCGGCCGCGGGACUGGGCGGCGGCCGGCCUGGCCGACCUGCGCGAGCCGGACGAGGCCGAGCCCGAGGCCGAGCCGCCGGAGGACGAGCGCCUGCUGCGCGACCAGCACUACGUGUAGCCGCGGCCCGCUCCGACUCGUGCGCGACUGCAAGAAUACGAUUCUUGUGAUAACGUUUUAUAUUUGUAUCGUUUUUACUAAUAAUUUAAUGUACGAUUGUAUUCGUUUGGAAGCCUCACUGUACUGUGCGUUCGUUUAGUACGAUGUGUCGUGUUCUCUGUGAUACAAACACGAACCAAUAUACUUAAGGUUAGAAUAAAUAUUAUUUAUAAGAACCGAAGCUUCCUUCUAGUGAGUCGUCCACUUGUCCAUUGUGUAAGCUGAGCAUGACGCGCAAAUAUGUUUUGGUACUACUGUAUAGGCACUGCGACUCUGACGGCGUAGCAGAGCAGCGGCGCAUUCCAGCCAGGCGUUUCUGCUUCUGUAGGAAUUCAGGAAUACUCUUAGAGUGCUCCCUCGUGCUUCCAAAGGAACCCUCAUGCAAGUCGUGAGAUGUGGAGUCUCUCACCAUUGCAGGAAGACUGCUGUGUAACUGAUAUGGGACCUGUCCCCGGGCCCUGCAGCGAGUCAGAUGAAUGAACCUAGCGUAUACAAACACUUCUGUUGUACUGUAAAAUUUUCUGUGUAAAUAAUCUAUCUAGCUUGCAAUUGUGUGACAUGUAAUGGGGAGCUCAGCGUCCACGGACCAUGUUAUAUCAAGUAAAUAAGUUAUGGUCCCGUUUGCUGUCGCCCGCGGCCCGCGCUCUUGCGACGUGUUACCGUUGCCACCCGCGCACUCCCAAACUCCUUGCACUAAUAUAUUAGAACAUUGGCCGCCAACUGCAGUCGCGGGGACGUCUGGGUAACGUUACCAAAACUUGUUUGUGUCGAGUGCGGUGUGACUGACUUGAGAUAGUAGCGGUUAGCGUUGGUAUUGACGUGAACAAAGUGUUAGUACAACAUGGCGGCACUGCGGCACUGCGGCGCGGCCGGCCCUACAGCUGGUGCAGUAUUACAGAUGUCGCGUGGCGGGCCGGUGUCCUGCCACUGGUAGUGUAAUUAUUGUAAAUUGAACUAUUCACAUGUACCUAUAAACAUGAAGCAAUCCUUAAUCAAACGUGUUUUGUGCGCUUGUAUUUUACUGUAAAAAGGCGGAUUUAGUUUAAUAUUCUAUUUAUUUAGUUACUAUAAAAGAACAAUGUACGUUUGUACCAUAGCAAUAUCGAGUUCCGAGCUUACGACGAUAUCAUUGUUACCGUAAGACCGAGUCACGCGCGGCGCGCGGCGCUCCACUGCUGAGCGUCGCCGGCUUCACUCUUCUAUUUAGAUGUUAAACUGUAUAGAAUAAUACUAUUGUAUUAUAAUAUAAAACGAAACCAAAAUGCAUUUAAUGUCAAUAAAUAUUUAAUAAACUUAAA